AGUAGUGCCGACAGUCUAUAUUUUGAGAUCAACAGCUCUGACGCUGUCAAUUCAGGAGAGCGAAGCUUAAGCGCCUUACUGUCGAAGAUCAGGAGCGAGUCAUGAGAUCACGGGAGUUGCCUGCUGCGGUCGAUCCCAAAACGAUACUAGAUGCGUCUGCUGGAGGUCCCUCGGAUACAUCAGGACUUGCAAAUUUCUACACGACACCGAACGCAUCCGGAGGAGGCAACUCUACCAACGCCGACUUUCCCAGACUCGGAUCGUACGAUCAAUCGUACAUCAGUAACAUUCCGACAAACACUACGCUCGGCUAUCAAAUGAGGUCGACGCACGGACAACCUCCACGUCCAUCGAAUAUCAACCUACUUGCAAUCCCAGCAUAUGGUCUCAGCAUAAGUCGACCACAAGAUAGCCCGAUGCAGUCCUCAUUUCCAACCGGAAGUCGGGGAGUCGCUAUCGAUGCCACGACCAUGCAUCCAUCGACAAGCCCCGUCAACAUUCCACAGGGAAACUCCGCUUUGAAUCAACCAAUGGGUCCUACUGGAAGUGCCUACUGGUACAGCAUGGCUCCUCAAUCGCAGCUUAAUCAAGAUUACUCUAUGCAAUCCCCUCAAGCCCUGAACAUGCAAUACCAUGGAGUUGAAGGUGCCAUCUUACCUCAAAGUUAUUCGGCUCAGAUGCCUCAUCAGAAUUUCCAACACACAGGCUAUCAACAACCGCGUCGAUCCAGUGACUGUCCUGGGCAAGUCUCUUCGCCGUUCGCACCACCGCCAACAACGUCGCCGGGGUCAGCAACAACAGACUUUUCACUAUCGAGUCCAACGGGCGUCGUCUGGAACAACGUCUAUUAUCCUCCGGAAUACAAUUGAAUACCAUCGAAAAAUCAUCGGAAUUGGGAGCCGUAUUCGCGUCUUGUAUGACGAAAAUUGGCGCCCGGCCCGUCGGCUUUUACUUCCCAUCAGUUGACGAUAGCGUUGACGAGAGAACAAGGGAAGAAAAAGGG